AUGUUUAUUUGCGUCUUUUAAACGCUUGAAACAGCGCAUUUUUAGCCAUAAAAAGAAGCGUUUUACAGACCUAUGAAUAGUUCAAGGACAGCAGACGAAUGAGUUUUGGUCUACACAAGAUAUGACCAUGAACAGCAAUGGUAGAUUGCUAUCUGUCCUUCAGACCGCGUGUCGCUGUUCAUUGCGACACAAAGCAACAACUGCUGCAGCCGUCAAGCCAUUCUUCUACCAAGACAUUCUGCAGUUUGAAAGCCCCCAUGAUACCCCAUUUAAGAAAUUAACAGGUGAUUAUGUGUCUACAUUUGAGGUGAAGGGGAAGAAAUGUCUGAAUGUUGAACCAGAGGCUCUAACAAUGAUCUCAGAACAGGCAAUGAUUGAUGUGGCCCACUUACUAAGACCAGCUCAUCUGCAGCAACUCUCUAAUAUACUGAAGGAUCCAGAGGCAUCAGAAAAUGACCGUUAUGUUGCUCUUGAAUUUCUAAAAAAUGCUAAUGUUGCAGCAGGAAUGGUGCUUCCUGGCUGUCAGGAUACAGGCACAGCUAUUAUAAUGGGUAAAAAAGGUCAGUAUGUUUGGACAGAUGGAAAUGAUGCCGAGGCUUUAUCCAAAGGUGUAUACAAUACCUACACCAAGAAAAAUCUAAGAUAUUCACAGGUAGCACCACUGGAUAUGUAUAAAGAAGCCAACACAGGUACCAAUCUGCCGGCUCAGAUAGAAAUUUAUUCCACUAACAGUAAUCAGUAUGACUUCCUGUUCAUCGCCAAAGGAGGCGGGUCGGCCAAUAAAACCUUCUUAUAUCAGCAAACUAAAGCCCUCCUUAACCCUGAAAAACUGAUGAGUUUUGUCAAUGAGAAAAUAAAGACGUUAGGUACAGCUGCUUGCCCUCCUUACCAUUUGGCCAUUGUAAUAGGUGGAACUUCAGCUGAAUUCAACUUGAAAACUGUGAAACUAGCAUCCACCAAAUACCUCGACAGCAUCUUUAAGUCAGGAAAUGAACAUGGAAGAGGUUUCCGUGACUUGGACAUGGAGAAGAAGAUCCAUGAAUUGACACAGAGGAUAGGAAUUGGGGCUCAAUUUGGGGGUAAAUAUUUCUGUCAUGAUGUGAGGGUGGUGCGACUGCCCCGUCACGGAGCCUCCUGUCCAGUAGGGAUAGGCGUGUCCUGUUCAGCUGACAGACAGGUUUUAGGAAAAAUAACAGAAGAUGGGGUCUUCCUUGAGCAGCUUGAGACUAACCCUUCAAAGUACAUGCCAGAGGUUCAGGAGAAAGAUCUCACUACAGAGGUGGUUCAGGUUAAUUUAAAUGAUGGGAUGGAUAAGAUACUGAAAUCAUUAGACAAGUAUCCGGUGAAGACAAGACUAAGUUUGUCUGGUACCCUGAUAGUAGCCCGAGAUAUCGCCCAUGCUAAGCUUCAGGAGAGACUGAGAACAGAGAGAUCUCUCCCACAGUACUUCAAGGACCAUCCGGUGUACUAUGCAGGACCGGCCAAGACACCAGAGGGCCUUCCCUCUGGUUCUUUUGGCCCUACAACCGCAGGGAGGAUGGACUCUUAUGUAGAUGAAUUCCAGAAAGCAGGAGGAAGUAUGGUUAUGUUGGCUAAGGGCAAUAGAAGUAAACAGGUAACCAAGGCCUGUAAGGAUAAUGGUGGCUUUUACCUGGGCUCCAUUGGAGGACCAGCUGCUAUAUUGGCACAAAACUGUAUCAAGAAAGUGGAACAGCUAGAGUACCCAGAAUUAGGUAUGGAGGCUGUGUGGCGAGUAGAAGUGGAGAACUUCCCAGCUUUCAUUGUAGUAGACAAUAAAGGCAAUGAUUUCUUCAAGGAGUGGUCUGUGGAGUAGUUGUUGUAGAUAAUAAAGACAACAUUUUCUUCAAGGAGUGGUCAAUGAAGUAAUUAUGAGAAGAGAAAUGCUACAGUUGAUCUGCCAGACUGGAAAAGUUAUAUAUAUUUAUUUAACACUCCCAAAAUUCUCAUAGGCUACUGUGUAACCUGCUUUGAUAGGGAAGAAAAUCAUGUAUUAAUAAUCGUAAAUUAUCCACAUACAAAUUGUUUGUGAUUUAAUUUUAAUAAAAUUGUUAUUUAUUGAU